CUUUGAUGGAGGAGGAAGCUGAGGCCAGAGCAAUGUUGAGACACCCUGAUGGAGGCACAGGUUGUUUAGGGCGAGCGGGAUGCUUGGGGCUCGAUCCAGGGUCGUGACCUCCAGGGACAGCAGAUCCUGGCUGGGGACACAGCUGUGCGUCUACUUUGUCCAUCUAAAGUCCCUGGCACCUGCACUGGGUAGACCUUUCCCAGGAGAAGGCAGUCUUGGGCCGGCUGCACCUUGCCCAGGGGAGGGGGACCAUUUGCUUCCUGCCGGGACCUCGCCUGUGGACCGGGGUCAUCUGCUGGGUACUGUUAAGCGGGUGAUGAGAGAGGACUUGCUGGUUGCUGCUUCAGUGCUUGGACACGGUGUGCAGGAAGUCUCUGGCCCUUCGCUGUCCUGAAAGUAACCUGGGUCCCCCAGUCUGUCCUCAGCGACCCAGGUGGAACCUCCACUGGCUGGGUCCUGGAGUCAGGGCAAACUCUAGCUCCCGAGGCCAGGAUGCUCACUGAGGCACGGGUCAUGUUCAGGAGGUGGUGCAGGCACCCUGGGGAUCCGGGAGGGAGGAGGGGGUGGGCAGGAGGCCGGAGGAGGGAGGGAAAAGCCAGGGGGAGCUUCAACUUAAGGCACAGUCCUGAACUCACCAUGAUCUCAAGGGGCGAUGUGAACGCUGUGUGACCUUUGAACUUGUCCUGACCCCUAGCAGGGGAGCUCGCCUUUCAUCCCUCCCCGGGUCAGUCCCUGGUGAAGGGUGGCCUGGGAGGGUGUAAAUCCCUGGGUGCUGGGGCGGCUCCUGUAAUCCAGGACGUCCCUGGAGAAGGCUUGGGAACAGAGGGAUGUGGGAGGCUCCCAGGGGCCGGGGAGGAGCCCACCCUCACUGCUAGUGGGGGGGCGACUUGGGGUGUUUCCUCCCUGAGUUGGGGUCCCUGCGCCCACCCCACGGGACACUGCGGGUGCAGGCCACUUGCUGCCACCUCAUUAUCUCCCCCUGGUGGGUGAGGGUCACCUUGUCCGUCAUAGGUCCCCCGCAUCUGCGUCAGGUAGACCUCACCCGGGACAAGACCGCUCUGGGCAGGCUGGACCCCGUCCAGGGAAGGGGACUGUUCACUUUCUCUCCUGAAGGGCUUGCUGACCUUGGCCUCCCCAACUCCAGAGGCCCGGGGACAUCUGAACAGGAAGGGGAGGACUCCGUGACCCUGGAGAGUCUCCGGGCGUGGAGGUCACGUGACCCAGGCAAUGUUGACUGUGUGCUCACAGAGACGUUUAUCUGAGGCUAAGGCCACCUUGUCCCCACUGCCGGGUCAGGGUCUGUGGGGUGGGAGGCUGAGGACAGGCCACCCCCGUCCAGCGUGUGCCCCUGCCUCUGGCCACCCAGAACUCCCACCAGGAGACGCCGACCUCCCAGAUAAGCAAGAAGCUGAAAAAUCAGCCUCUCCUCCCUCCCUGCGCUCAGCCACUUCCCCCGGGACCCUCACUCCGUGUGCAGCUCCCGCCGGCCCUCCCGCCGGGCCGCCCGGCCCCUCCCGCCCGGCCUGCUGCCGCCGCCGCGGGCCCGCGGCCGCUGGACAGCGCCGGCCUCCAGAAGUGAUAGCUAAUUGGGCAGAGAAAGGGCCCGAUUGUCUGGCGGGGCCGGAAGAGCGGGCGUGGGCGGCUGAAAGCGCCCGGAGAAGGUGGCCGGCUUCGCCCAGCAGCUGCCGCCGGAGACGUUUGGAGAUUACGUCAGCGCCGGGCCGCGAGCCUCCCGCCGGCCGGACAAUGCGGCCCUUGUCGGCCCCGAGCGCCGCCCGCGCGCGCUGAAUGGCGCGGGGCCUCUUCUCCAAGGAGGCCGCUCGCCGUCCCCGAGCUGUCCUCUCCCGCCAGGGAGGCCCCUGCGCUGGGGCGCUGAGGGAGCGGGCUCGGUGCCUUAGGGGAGGCGACCCCGGGGCUGGGCGGCGCUCGGGGGGCGUGGGGGGCCGCUCCUCUGGGUGGGGGCGGGGAGGCUGCCCUCGCCAUGGCCUCCUGGCUUGGGGGCAGCAUGGCCCCCGACCCGCUCCUGGUCCUGCUGGUCAUCAUCUUGUUGGCACGCUUCUUUCUGUGGUCCUGCCUGGGCACCUACAUCGAUUAUAGAUUGGGCCGGCGGCAGCCCCGCAAACCCAAGAAGGACUAGGGCCUCCGCCGGCCUGUGGCCUGGAGCUCCAGGCACCCCGGAGCCCUCCCUUCGGGAGGGUGUGUCCCAGAGAGGAUCUGUCCUGGGACCCAGGGUGGGGGUGGGGCGGGGUGCAGAGCGGGGAGACCACCCCCCCCGCAGCCCCCUUGCGGGGCAGAGAUGGCCCAGCCCCACCAGGACUGUCCUGGCCACCUCCUGCAUCCCACGUCAGGGGGUGGAGGGGCCCCCCUGCCUGUCUAUCCAUGAGGUUGUGGGGGUCCCUGUCAGAGUGAGUGAUCCUGGGGGUGGGUCUCACUUUUAAGACUGUCUCUACUUCCAGUUCUUUAUAAAUCUGUUUGCAGGAAGAGGCGGGGGAUGAGCCAGAGGGGCUGGUCCGGGGGGAGGGCAGUGGUCCAAGGACAGAUGUGACCACAUCACAGGCCCGCCCUACCUCCUAAAGCCACCCUGGACUCUGCCUCUGGCAGGGAGGAGACUGACCUCAGACUGUGCCUUGGUUUCCUCAGAGCAGACCCCUGGGGGAGGGGGUCUCAAGACAGACUUGUGACCAUGAGUCCAAGUCCAGCUCCAGUUGACCGUGGGCAAACUCACUUUCCCCAUCUCUUAAGUGGACUCACUAGUCCCUAGCCCCCCCUCCCCCAAGAAGGUUAUUACCAGGAGGGGCAGGGGAGAGGUGGGCUGAGCCAUUCCCCUCCCCCCUGCCACCGUCCCCCUCCCCCCUGCCACCAUCCCCCUCCCCCUGCAGUCUGUAACCUGCAGGACACACGGAUGGUUUAGUGAGAAGCCACGGGACCCAAGGCCCUCUGCUCCUUUGUGCUUUCAAGGAUGUGGCUGAGACAUCCCUGAGAAGACGGACAGGCAGGGAAACUCGACUGGAGCCCAAGAAGCCACUGCCCUCUGCGCCCUCAUCCCGUCACACCCUGAACUAAAGGGCCCACGAGGUGGCUCUGUGCUUCUCGAUCUGGCGGCAGAUUCGAAUCACCCAGGCGGUGUUGGCAGUGCCAGUGGCUGAGUCCCCCAGACUGAGAAGCAUCGGCUGAUUCGAGAUGUUCCUGGCAGGCCAGAGCCUGGUGACACCGUGAAUUCCAAAAGGGCUUGGCUCAGCUGGGAAUCUUCGGCGGCCGUUAGAGGUCCGGAGUCACUGACCUGGGUGAGCGGACGCUUGGGCCCUGGUAGCUGGGAACCAUCCGCCUUGCGGCAUCCUGGCAGACGGGACCACGGCGUGAUCCGUCCAGGCCUGUGUACGUGGCUGUCCUCUGGGCAGUCGUAUAGCCAGUGGCUGAGCAGAACCCGUGCCUCUUUGUAAAGACGAUUGGUCAUGGGGUGUCUGAGGGCUCUGGUCACUGGGUUAGGGGAGGGGGUAUUCUUGUUCUCUUUAGGGAAACUGUCAUCCAAUUUUCUUUAAAAUGAUCACGUGUGAUUUUGCUGAUCUUUCUAAGGAAGGGGAAUCACAUUUGUUGUCAUGAGCAUCUACUAGUGGAGGGAAGUUUGCUGGUAUUGCCAGGUUUUAAAACAGAAAGUCCCACGGCCCGAGAGACCCCUCCGUCCUGGCUAAAGCAGCCCCUUGGAAGGAGGGAGAAGUCAGAUGUUCACAUGACACGCUCAAGUCUGCCCCACUGUUGAGUGUGUGUGACCUGUGUGUAGCCUGCUUGGGACCUGCGUGUCCACAUGGGCAUGCAGAUUUGAGGUCCACCGUUUGGUACGUGGGGUUUUUCUGGUGGCUCAGUGGUAAAGAACCUGCUUGCCAAUUCAGGAGAUCCAAGAUGUGGGUUUACUCCCUGGGUCAGGAAGAUCCCCUGGAGGAGGAAAUGGCAACCCACUUCAGUAUUCUUGCCUGGAGAAUUCCAUGGACAGAGGAGCCUGGUGGGCUAAAGUCCAAACGUCGCAAAGAAUCAGACACGACUUAGUGGCUAAACAACAAUAAGAACAACAGUUUUGUCCGUGAGCUGAUAUUCCAGAGUUUUUGCUGGAAUUGGGGAGGGGACUCACUCUUCUGUUGGGCUUGUCUAGUGGAGGGAUGGAACCAUGGGAGGAGACAGGAUUCUGCUGGCAUUGUCUGAGCCCCUUUCCAGUUUCAUUGACCCAUAGAUUUCUCAUCUGUUUCCCUUAAGCCAGUUCACACUGGUUUCUAUUACUUGCAACUGACAAACUAGAUGCAAAUCUGAUGCAAUUAGUCAUCAGAAUUUUGUCAAAAUUGCUCAUCAGAGUACAAGUCUUGUGUAUCUACACAUCGACAGUUUACAGCCUCCUGACAUGGGCCUGACUCAGUGUAAGCAGUUGAAACACUGUGGCUGGGUGAAUAAGAGGCUGUGCUCUGGUCAUUCAUAGGCAGUGGUUGCAUUCAGUACAAGGAACAGAUAUAACGAAGCUUCUUUUUCUCUUUCUUUCCAUUUUUCUUUUACAUGGAGCAAGAAGUCUGACAUUUGGUAAUCCUAGGCUGUGGUAUGGCAGCUCCAUGAUGUCAUUAAGAACCUACACCCUUCUGUAUUUCUACUCUGCCAUCCUUAGGAUGUAGCUUUGGUCUUCAUGGUUACAAGAAGGCUGCAGCUACUCCAGGCACCUUGAGUGAGUUCCAGUUAGAGAAAGAAAGGAGCGAUAGAGAGGGAAAGGUAUCUAUAUCAGAGAGGCAAAGCUUCCUAGAAACCCUUAGUUUCAUGCCAUAAACUAGAAUUACGGCCCAUGGCAUCUCUAGAUGCUGAGAAAUUGUUUCUUGGCCAUUCUUUGUAAUUGCAGCCUAUAUCCAGAACACUGUUCAGGGGUCUUUGUGUGUCUUCAGUGGCAUCCUUAUGUGCUAGUUUUUCCCUUGUCUGCCUUUGAGAAAUAUCAGCUGUACUCAGCUGUCCUUGGCAGCUCCACCCUGGAGUCAGAGUGUGGAGCUUCUCAUGGCUCCUUGGGGGCUUUUAAGAGUUUGGUCCAGUAAGAAGUCCAGAGAUGAAAGAAACUUAUUCCUUCUUAGAGGUGCUUGGAGAUGCUUCUUUAGUCACACCUGGUGGCAGUAGAUAGACUGCAGCACAGGGAAGGUAGGCCGUGAAUAGCUGGUGGCUGGGUGAAUGACAGUGAAGGGCAGCAGGUGGAUAAACGGAGGGGCAUUGCCCGUCCUUAACUCAGAAAGUAUCACUGGGGCUCACAGUCUCACAACGUGGGGGGCACCGAGAAUACCGUGAUAAGGGUAAAGUAGAGCUUGCCCUUCAGGUAGCUUGCAGUCUGGGAGCCAAGAAAUGGGCAGCUAGACUAGAAGCAGGAAUUAGACCUGCACAAGAUCCGUGAGGCUCUCAACCACUAAGACUGUGGCCAGUGUAAAUUGGAAUGUCCUCUAAGUGUGAAACACACCAGAUUUUGAAGGCUGGGUGCAGAAACUAAUGUAAAAUCUAAUUAACAAUGGUUUUCUAUCGAUUAUAUGUUGAAAUAAUAUUUUGGACACCUUGGGUUAAAUAAAACAUUAAGAUUAAUCUCA